GUGCAGCAAAUCUGCUAAGGUCUGCAAGGAAAUGAAAAUGGCAGAAUGAUCAGCAUGUGUAGUAGUUUCAGCAUCCCUGAAAGUUAGAUGCUGCCAGCAUUGUUCCAAACUGCUGAACAGGAGCAGCAUUGGCUCAGAGCUGUGUGUGGAGACAGAUUUGCCAUUGUUCCUGCAAUGCUCACAGGCAGCAUCUGUUGUAAACUGUCCUUUGGUAUGUGUUACCAAGCUCUGAGUUUUUCCUUUGUGUAGGGAAUGAGGUGUUGAUUAAAACCACUUUGAGUUGGAGAUGAAGCUAUGUCUCCUUUGGGAAUGAGACAGUUAACAGUCCAGUGAUUCUUCUGAACCUUUAAAAUUAAUUCUACAGGUGAAUUGCUUUUGAGCUGAGAAAAGAGCUGUGCAGAGCUGAUCUUGUUGAUUCUGGCCAUAGUGUUGUGUUUAGGAAGCUUUAAUGCAACAUCCCUUGGAGUAAUGCGGCAUUUAAAGACAGAAGUAUGAGGAAAACUGAAUUAAUAAUAAUUAUACCUUUAUUUUUUAUAACUAACUCAAGCUGUCAGUCAAAUUACAAGGACUGCAUGGUUACCAUCAGUAAAACUGUAAUAACUCAGUGAUAUGUCUUUAAUAACCACUGGAUUUGAACAGAGCAUUAAAAAUACAGGUUCCAUCUUGAAAAGACUUUGGAAUUCAGCAAGGGGAAUGAAAUUACUGCAUACUCUCAGAUACCUAAAAGCUGUGCAUAUAUGAGCAGUGACAAGUACACGCAGAGACCUUUGACACUGAAAACUGGCAAAGAUCUGUGCAGCAUCAUCUGUUUUAUAGUUGUUUGUCCAGUAGAGACUGCAAUUACUUGGUGACCUUUUAUUUUUAGGCAGCAAGGUCAUUUAGUCUAACUUUUUUUUUUCUGAGAAUGAGGCAGAAAUGUAUUUUAAAUCUUUGAGGAUGUAAAUCCUAAUGUUCAAACUUCAUUUUUUUUCCUUUUUUUUCUCAAGGUACUGCAACUGUUCUAUGUAGAACUUUACUCGAGUUGGAGCACUCAUCUCAUUCUUGAAGAUUUCUCAUAGCUUUUCUGCAACUCUGAAAGCAGAAAACAUGGUUGUUCAUCAACUGUUAAAUUCUUAUAAUUGUUUUUCAUCAAAGUGGAAAUCAAAUACUGCUCAGAACUAUGGGCUGAAUUAGCAUAACUUAAAUUCCACUGGACAUGGUCAAUUAAUGAGAGAACUGUUGAGAACAGUCAGCUUAUUUCAAAGUUGGUACUUUAAUAGUGACCUCUUUUAUAGGUGUCUAAAAUACCCGUUCUCUCCAUGGCUUGGGUCAACUGCAAGGACAAAUUCUCCUUUUAAGCCAGUUGUAUGAUAGAGUCUUCUGCUAGUGUAUAGAGUUGGCAUCAAUACUCUUGAAAUUUAAUCUUGUAUUUCUGUAUAAACUAGAGACUAUAAUGGGAAUUAAUCAUUGUCCUCCUUUAUCCAUCCAGAUGUUUGCUCAGCUGUUGUGGGAAAUCUUCACUUGAGCAGAUGCUGUGAAAAAUGACCUGUGAAAUGGAUGUGAUACAUAUACAGAUUUUUUUUAAUUUUUAUUUAGUUUGUUAUGGGAACGCUGUGUAAAACUAAAACACCAAAAAAGCCAAUCCAAGGUAACAUUAUUUUCAUUUUGAAUAUAAGGGCAAAGAAGUAGCCCUUUACAAAGCUGUCUGUGAAAUACUUCAGACACCAUAAGAAGACUCCUAAGUCCCAAACAUCCCUUCUUUGGGUGUCUGCAGCUUGUAUGCAGAGGAUUGCACUGAGAAAUUGUAUUGCUCUAUUUGGUUUGCUUUGAGUGCUGAGGGAUAUCUCUUACAGUAGUCCAUGGCAAAUCAUGUGGAUCCAAGGCUCUUUGUAUCUUGCUGUUGAACUUGGUGGAACAGGAAGAAUCACCCAUUUCAGACCCGCCAGUCAUUUCAGAGAAGGCACCUGCCACUAUGAUGACCGGGGGCUUAUCUGACACCAAGGAUGCUACUCCAGAAAUCCAGCGUAUUGUUAACCAGGUGAAGCCACAAUUUGAAAGCAAGGAAAACAGGAACUGUGCCAUGUUUAGAGCCAUAGUAUAUAAGACUCAAGUGGUUGCUGGGAUAAACUACUUUAUUAAGGUCCAAGUUUCCGAUACCGAGUAUGUCCACUUAAGGGUGUUUCAGAGUCUUCCUCAUGAGAACGAAGGUCCCAGCCUUGUUAGCUUUCAGACUGGCAAAACCAGAGAUGAUCCCCUGACCUACUUCUGAGAGAGGAUGAGAAGUUGUGUGGGGGUUCUGCCCAUGACACUAAAUAAAAUAAGUUUUGAAAACCA